AGUUUUGUAAUUUGCAGAUUUAAGGAGCAGCUACAAAUGGCCAAGUGUACUGAAGCUGAUGCACUUAAUGGCAAAAGGUUGGGGUUUAUAGGAUUCGGCUUUAUGGCACAAAAUUUGUGUAGAGGUUUCUUCUAUAAAAAAAUUUUGGAAGCAGAUCAGAUCACAUGCUACGAUGUUAACCAGUCCAUAUUACAACAAGUUGUUGCUGAAAAGUUUGAGGGGAUACACAUUUCGGCCAGCAAUCUCGAUCUCAUAAAUUCCAGUGAUAUCAUCGUCAUUGCCGUUAAACCUAAUAUUGCUCUCAGGCUGCUGGCUGGUUUGAAAGAGGCAGUCGUCACCUCAAGACAUUUGUUCGUUUCAAUUUGUGCUGGAAUCUCAACUAGGCAAAUUGAAGACGUUCUACCAACGAACACACGGAUCGUCCGAACUAUGCCCAAUUCUUCAGUUGCUGUUGGUUAUGGUGUGACUGUGACGAGUGGCGGUCGAUGGGCGUUACCUGAAGACCUGCGUAUCACUUGUCGUCUUUUUGAGAGUGUAGGGAUUUGUUUAGAGCUUCCUGAGAAGGAUCUCAAUACUGUGACGGCUAUCAGUGGAAGUGGGCCAGCUUAUGUGUACACGGGCAUAGAUGCAGCAGGGGAUGGAGGGUCAAUGUUGGGUCUGCCGAGAGAUGUGGCGCAGAAACUUGCUGCACACACUCUCAUUGGUGCGGCUAAAAUGUUUCUGGAAACAGGGCAACAUCCUUCUGCUCUGAAGGAUUCAGUUUGCUCACCAGGUGGCACAACAUUAGCUGGCCUCUUCGCGUUGGAAAAAGGCGGCAUGCGAGCACUUAUCAUGGAGACCAUCAAAUCGGCCCACGAUCGAGCUAAAGAAUUAGAGGAAUUGGCUAGAAGAGGAUCAAAUAUUUAACAUGACGUACAGUUGAAAGGUUGCAUAUAAAACGUAAAAGCAAUAAAUAAGCAGUUGUGACAUGUAGAAGUUUAUUGAUGGUUUGUUUGAUUGAUUGGUUGGUUGAUUGAUUGAUUUAUUGAUUGAUUGAUUUAUUGAUUGAUGGAUAUGAUAUGAUAUAUGAUAUAUGAUAUGAUAUGAUAUGAUAUGAUAUGAUAUGAUAUGAUAUGAUAUGAUAUGAUAUAAUAUGCGGAUGCAUGUAUGGGUUUAUUUGAAAAUUUAAGUUAAUAAUAUUUAUCUUAUUUUAACUUAAUAAUAUUUAGAUCUGAUAUAUUAUUCCCUUUUUUAAAUCUCAUUCAAUUACGUUUGGCUUUUUUUCUUGGUGUGAUUUGUUUUGUGAGCUGUAAAUGGGAUUGGAUAGUUUUUUACGAUUGUCUUUUUCUACGAAAUUUUGCUAAAUUGUAUUAUACCUAUAUUAAAUUGAAUAAUUGAAUAUUGCGUAACUAUUACAUUAUAGUGGGACAGACAUUUUAUUGUUCCAAUUUUCCUUCAUAGUCUUAAAAAAUAAUUUGUGCUUUAUUUUGUUAGCACAUAUUGUCAAGUACUGUUCCAACGAUCUCUUAACAUUUCACGUCAACAGAGGUGUUAUAAAUGACAAUAAAAUUUAGACACAUUCUUUCGAAAACUGGCGAAUAGACAGACUCAAAAACAGCCGAACUGAAAUUUGGCCGCAAUGUUUACUCUUUUCUUCGAUAUAUUUUUAAGAUCAUACGUCGGCGAAGAACGCAGAGUUUAUGUUAAUAGUGUAUAAAAUAUUCUAAUCCAUGUAACGGCUUUAUCGGCAUGCUAAGCGUGUUGUCAGUUUGAAAGCUUUUUUUCAUAAAACAGAUUGAUCAAUCGUG